AGUUUUUACAGACACAAACAGAGCGCUUCAUUCCCUCUUCAGGAAAUCAAGAUUCAUUGUAUUUGAAAAACCUAGGAUUUCUGUAGGGUUUUUGACAUACUUUCGAAACUCUUAACAGUUCUGGUUUCUGAACGGAUUGAAGAAUGAGGCGGCUUGAUUAUCAUGAGAAAAAGCUACUGAAGAAAGUAAAUUUCUUGCAAUGGAAGAGAGAGGGCGGCCACAGAGAAGCAAUGGUUAUGCAACGCUACCACAUAGGCGAGCGUGACGACUACAAGAAGUAUUCGAGUAUGUGUCGGAUGGUGCAGAAGUUGGUCAACAUAUUGAAGCAAAUGGAUGCCAGAGACUCUUAUCGUAUUGAGAUGACAGAUAUGCUUUUGGAGAAGCUCUAUAACAUGGGAGUAAUAUCAAGCAGGAAAAGCUUGGCUUUGUGUGAUCGAUUAUCAGUGUCAUCAUUUUGCCGACGGAGGCUUUCAAAUGUUAUGGUGCGAUUGAAGUUUGCUGAGCAUUUGAAAGAAGCCAUCACAUACAUUGAGCAGGGUCACAUUCGAGUUGGUCCAGAUACAGUUACUGACCCAGCAUUCCUCGUAACCAGGAAUAUGGAAGAUUUUGUCACUUGGGUAGAUACAUCCAAGAUAAAGAGAAAGGUGCUCCAGUACAAUGAGAAAUUGGAUGAUUAUGAUGCAAUGAACUGAAGAGAGUCUUGAUUUUUUCUUUCCCUUUGCUCUAUAUGGGUUCUUUUUAAUGCUAUAACAUUUUUGUUCGAAGCAUAAUGUAUAAAUGUUGCUGAGUGGUGGAGAGACAGUUAUACAUUGUUGUUAAAAGCUCUCCACAAGAACUGGUUAAUGUAUUUUUUUUUUUUUUAAAUAUUACUUCUUUUUAUUGAAAUGGGUCGGACUUAGGAGCGGCUCUGUGGACAAAUCUAUCCUCUACUUUUCAAGAUAAAUUGACUUUAUGAUAUGUAAUAACGAUCUCCAUUGUUAUACAGUUA